AUGUUCCCUGAUUACAAUCACGAUUAUCCGAGAACAAACAUCGAAGACUUAAACGAGAGUCAGUGUGAUGCGAAGUCAAAACAUAUUGUCUAGAUACCUAGCAAACGGUUAUUCUGCAUAAAAAUUUUAUUCUACGUUUUCUGGCGUCUCGCAGAAGUGUGACAUAUACCGCCUUUUAGAGGCUUUGAAAAUUCGAGAAUGCUAUAUCUGCUGCCAGAGAAGUUUUGUCACUGGAAUGGAAGCCUUUGUGAUCCUGUUGCGAAGGCUUACUUACCCAAAUAGAUGGUGUGACUUAAAAGCCAUGUUUGGAAGAGGGUCCUGAAGGGGGGUUACCAGUCCCAUUUCCCAGCCCAUUUUUUUUCGAAGUCCCACUUCCCAAUGCUCAAAUCCCAUUCCCACUAGCAGAAUUUGGAAAAAAUCCCAGUGUUAUACAUACCACCUCUUUUAGCUUCGCGUCCGCAAAAUUACGGCUUCUAAAUACGACCCAAGAAAGACACAAAAAUUCACAAGGAUUUACAAAGAUGUUCUGGAGAUAACAGGAUCAUUUCAGACAGUAAUAAAACUUUCAAGUAGCGAGUUUAUAGCGAUUAGUCGCUGCCACUUCACAUUCUUGCCAUUCCUGCCUGCAGGAAAUCUGCCAUCCGACUUGUAAGUGUUCUUACUCUUCCCAGUUUGGUCGGACGGAUCAUGUUGAUUGUUUCAAGAGCGCUGUCUACCUCUUCUUCAGAGUCACUGUCACUCGCACUAAAGCUGUCUACCCGUUCGUUGUUGGGAGACUCUGGUGGUAAACUGGCAUCCUCAUUUGAAUUAGGUGGCUCAUCGCUUUCGCUUGGAACUCUUUCUACGCCUAUCAGUGAAUUUAAAUUGACUGGUUUUAAGACCGUUUCAGUUUCAUAUAAGUUCAGAGGCAAAGUGCCCGCCCUGUCCAUUGUGUUAUCUUGUCUUACAUUCUGUUGUCUGACGGAUUUACUAUGCAUUUUAGCCCAUGCCCUCAUUUCAGCUUCCUCGUUUCUGGUUAUCUUCUGUGAGGUUGGCUUUGGAAUUGUGAUGUGAGGUAAGGAAACUCCAUGUUAUGUUGGCAGUUUGUGAUAGGAAUUUGGAUGUGUGUAGUGCGCUGCUGCCCUCUUAGAAACCCUUUUCACCGCUUCUUCAACUGAUGUGCAAAACAUCGUCGCAUAUUCGUACAAUGUAAAAGUGUCUCUCUUAAAAUGUGUUACGGCAUGCUGAUUUUCAACGUGAUGGGUUAAGAGAGCCUCCAUAUUUAAUCUCAUUUUGUACCCAUCCAAUAUCGUUGACCGCAAAUCGGGGCCAUUCGGGGGAAACCUAGAUAAAAGUGCUAAAAAUUGACUAGAACAAGGUGCAUUAGUAAUUUUCAGGCGUUUCUUAACUCAGGAAAUAAGUGAUGCCUGGACUGGUCAUGGUUCCAAACUAUUUAUUCCAUUCCCAUUUUUGACAUUUUAUUCCCAUUCCCAGUGACCAAAUCCCAGUCCCAGUGGCUUAAAUCCCAUUUUCCCAGGGCAAAAACCGGCCAAUCCCAGUUCCCAUUUUACCCCUUCAGGACCCUCUUGGAAGGUCCGAAUUUGAGCUAACCCUAAUUUUUCAUAAAGUAUUAAACCUAUGUAACAGAACUUGCCUUAUAAAAAAAAUAAUAUGUUAAGCUUCUUUAUUGUAACUCCCAGGUCAAAGUGGUUGGUUAAAAGCCCCAUUCCUUCGACGCAAGUACAUAAAAAAACUUCUUGAAUAUAGAGACUGGAAUCGUUCUUAAAUGACAUAGAACUUGUCUUAUUAUGGUCACCUAAUAAAUACCCAGAUACUUGAUGAUAUUCACGACAGAUUCGGUGAUCUCUUGGACUCCCUAGAUCUGGUAUGGCUUGAUCCUGGGCUUUUUUCCCAAGUUAUACAUGAAAAAGUUGCUCCACUUAACCAGUGCUGGGGAUUAAAUGACAAUACCCCAAGACCAAUGGCACGCCCAACAAGAAAUCAAAAGAUUAUGUACAGUAGACGUAAAAGAACACACUGCAUAACGUUCCAGGUACAACAGCAUGCUGUGUAGAAGUUGGAUUCAAGAACUAAUUAUUACUUUGCCCCAGGACCAGAAUUUAAUUUACCAAGGCAACUCUUUCCCACGCCAUAACACAGCCCAUCCCUAAAAAUGAACAGACAAAUAACUACUGUAACAAGGGUAUACAUGUACAAUGUAGCCUACGUUGCAGAUGACACUUAACUCCGGUUAAGUCUGUGUACGAAACAGUGCCAAAAUCCAUGUUCUGGGCCCCCACCAGUGUAUCAGAAUUCCAUUGUCAAUCUUCCAAUCAAGAUGAAAGGAAAUUUGAAAUGCACUUCUGGAAUUCCUUGAGUCCGUUGGGGACCUAGAACACAGACAUCAGUGCUGCUUCGCAGACGUUACUAACCGAGGUUAAAUAAUACGUCUGUGACGCGAGCUAUAUCAGAGCCUGCUCUCCUGUAAUUACCACUGGUCCCUUACAGAGCUUUUUAAACCUGCCCAUGACUAUCAUUGUAUAUUUUAACAUUAUUUCGUAGUCAGUUGAAGCUCCUAAUGGAUUGAUCGCCAACAUGUUUGGCCCUAUAGAGAGAAAACGACAUAAUAGCUUCAUGCUAGGGGUCAGCGGUUGGCUGAUAAGCUGA